AUGGACAACAGUGAGACGCACUACGUCUCCUUCCUCAACGGCGAGGGCGACGACGGAUUGGAGAACGGCGAGCUCCACCAGCGACGAGGCGUCCGAGCCGGCGGCGUGGCUGCAACUCCCUACGUAGUAACGACUCGGACGUACUUUUGGAAGAAAUUCCUGCGUCAGCGCAACUUUAAAACUCGGGCCUGGAUCGCACUCGUAGCAGCGGCUGUGUCUCUCCUUGUCUUUGCCUCCUUCCUCAUUCAGUGGCAGGGAGAUGACGAUCGGGGUGUUUUCCCGCCGUCACCAGUCGAGGACCACAAAACCCCGGUGAACAUCUGGGAGUGGAAAGAAGAACACUUCCAGAACGCCUUCGGCAGCUUCCGAGCCACCUACGGCAAGAGCUACGCGACCGAGGAGGAGACACAAAAGCGAUAUGCCAUCUUCAAAAACAACCUCGCUUACAUCCACACGCACAACCAACAAGGGUAUUCGUACUCGCUCAAGAUGAACCAUUUCGGGGACUUGUCUCGCGAAGAGUUUCGCCGCAAGUACCUCGGCUACAACAAGUCUCGCAAUCUCAAGUCCAACAACCUGGGGGUGGCGACGGAGCUGUUGAAGGUUUCGCCGAGCGACGUGCCGUCUGCGGUGGACUGGCGAGAGAAGGGGUGUGUGACGCCUGUGAAGGAUCAGCGCGAUUGCGGCUCGUGCUGGGCGUUCUCCGCCACGGGAGCGUUGGAGGGAGCGCACUGCGCGAAGACUGGCGAGUUGCUGAGUUUGAGCGAACAGGAGUUGGUGGAUUGCUCACUUGCAGAAGGCAACCAAGGCUGCAGCGGCGGAGAGAUGAACGACGCGUUCCAGUACGUCGUGGACAGCGGCGGCCUGUGCUCGGAGGAGGGGUAUCCGUACCUCGCUCGAGACGGAGAGUGCAAGAGGGCGUGCAAGAAAGUGGUGACCAUCUCGGGGUUCAAGGACGUGCCGAGGAAGAGCGAGACGGCGAUGAAGGCCGCGCUGGCUCACAGCCCCGUGAGCAUCGCGAUCGAGGCCGAUCAGCUGCCUUUCCAGUUCUACCACGAAGGCGUUUUCGACGCGUCCUGCGGAACCGACCUCGACCACGGCGUCCUCCUCGUGGGCUACGGAACCGACAAAGAGACAAAGAAAGACUUCUGGAUCAUGAAAAACUCCUGGGGAUCAGGAUGGGGCCGAGACGGGUACAUGUACAUGGCCAUGCACAAGGGCGAAGAGACUGUGCCUUUGGACUUUUGA